GAAAGCACCUUGACUCACGACCUUCAUGUCUCGCUCGCCCUCGACCAGUGACGGAUCCGAUACAGACGCAGAAGACAUGCCUAUCGGUAUCGAAAAGAUCCCAACUCUGGCCCAGUUAUUCAAACAGGCUGUAAUCAAGGCCGCGGAGAAGCCAAAAUACCCCGUUGAUCCCGCUUUACUCGAUAAGAUAUCUCUUUUCCAGGGAGAUAUAACGAAACUUUCUGUUGACUCGAUUGUGAACGCAGCCAACAAAAGUCUCCUGGGCGGUGGCGGCGUGGAUGGAGCCAUCCAUGCUGUGGCAGGCAGGGGUCUAUUAGAAGAAUGUGGAGGCUUGAAUGGCUGCGAAACAGGCGAAUCGAAGAUCACGAAAGGAUACAAGCUUCCAUCAAAGCACGUCAUACACACCGUUGGACCGAUAUACUCUUCAAAGGACAUAGAGACAAAGGCAGAGCAGCUGGCGUCGUGCUACAGGACCAGCUUAGAGCUUGCUGCGAAGAACUCCCUGAAACAUAUCGCUUUUCCUUCAAUAUCCACUGGCAUAUACGGUUAUCCCAUCGAGGAUGCCACCCAUAUCGCGUUGAAGGAGGUUCGCGAGUUUGUGACAACGGAGCCUAGAUCGACGUUGGAACGGGUUAUAUUCGUAGUGUGGAGUAACAAAGAUCGGGAUGUGUAUAGGGAGUUGCUUCCAGGUUAUUUUCCUCCUUCUGUGUCAUCAGAACCUAAGGACGAAGAAUAAGAUCCAUUGACGGAAGAGAAUUGAUACUAAAGUAUCUGAAGUUUGUACAAUUAGUGGCGUCUCGUUAAAUCCAGUAUACGCUUUCUGUUUCGUCAUUUGACGACAA